AGGGUCUUUUGAACGAUAUAUAAGCUGAUACCAGCGACGUUUAAGUCAUCACAUCUUCAAUCGAUCAGUCUCAUCGAGCAAUACAUCAUCAACGAAUCAACAGCCAAACACACAAACAAACAUGAAAGUGUUCGUCGUUUUGUCGUUAAUAGCAGCUGCAGUGGCUUCGGCCGCCGCCGCCGAACUCAUCUUGACAGCUCCGGCUUACGCCACCACGUCGUUGACCUCUCACGGACCAGUGGCUUGGACAUUUUUACAGCCAGCCUACCAGUCUGCUCCAGUCGUGGCCGCAUACACAGCUGAUCCAGUGGCCAGGUUAGUGGUGCCCGCUGUCGCACCGGCCCCGGCUAAACUCGUAGCAGCCUCCCCCAAGACGGCGGCUGCGGCGCCGGCCGUUCAAAGCAAAGUGUACGCGCCGACCGCCGCAUAUGCUCCUGCUGCCGCCGUGCCGGUGGUAGCUAGAUACGUGCAGCUGUUGCCGGCCCAUGUGCAAGCUCCGGUUGACCCGUCGUACUCGUUCGCUUACCAAGUGCAGGACCAGCUGACCGGUGACUCCAAGAGCCAGGAAGAGACCCGACAAGGAGACGUAGUAAAGGGCAGGUACUCGCUGGUGGAACCCGAUGGUUCACGUAGGACCGUCGACUAUACGGCCGACCCGACCCACGGGUUCAACGCUUACGUGCAACGGACCGCUGACGCGCAACAAUCCGUGUUCGUGCCGACGGUCGCCGCCGCGGAUGACGUGGAAACCAUCAAAGUGGACGCCGUCGAAGUGGAACCGGUCAGGUAUGCACCCGCAGGCUCCAAACCAUUGAAAAAUACGUUGGCCGUGCCCGAAACCAAAACAAAAACUGGUUACAGAUAAACACACUGACUACGCGACGGAACACGAACACCAUAAGGAUUUAAUUUAUUGACACGGUUAAAUUAUGUACACAUACACAUGUAUAACAUAGUGUAUCAAAAUAGUUUUAAGAACUUAAAAAAAUUAAUAAACGCACCAAUUUUUCGACUGUA